GAAAGUAUGGCAGUCGGUUAGUGGCUCGCAGGUCGGUGCCGUUAGUCUUUCAUUAUCCGGCGCUCGAGCGUGUAACGUUUUUGUCCGUGAUUUCCACACGCAGCGAUAAAAACAACAACAACAACACUAACAACAAGAAGUAGAAGAACAGCUAGCAAAAUAAUAAUACCAACGGAAGAGAACAGCGGCAACGGGUUCUGCUGUGCUGUGCUUCUCCUAUUUUAAGUGCCGAGCGUUUUACUAUUUUUACUACACAGCGACACAGAUACACACACACACAUACACCCCCCCCCCCCCUCUUGUGUGUGGUAUGUGCGAGUGUGCGUGUGUGUGGAACAAUAACAACAAUAACAAUAGCAACAAAUCCUAAAACAAAUAGCCAGACAGUGUUAAAUGUUAUUGAAAUGAUCUUCCAUAAAUAAAUUUUGAGAGAAAAUGAAUAAAAACGAAUGUUGUAAUUAGACUUUUGAGACUUUUGAGAGCAAAAUGUGCACGCCGAUAAAGACAAAAACAAAAAGAAAUCAACCAACUGCAGCACCAACAGCAACAACAACUGCAAGCCGAAACUAGGCUAAAUAUCUUUGCAUACUUUUGGGAAAGUUUUACAGCACACACACACAGACACACAUAAGCCAGGACAGGACAUAGCGGCUGGACCUGCGCCUGCGGUCGCCGACAUUUGAACCUGUUUUCUGACCGCCGGCCGCCUCUUUUCACUUUUGGCAACGCCACCGACCCAGAGCGGAGCUAGAGCAGCUGCAGCUGCGGCUGAGGCUGAGCCCAAGAUGAAAAUGUGCAAUAAAGUGGCAGAGUUGAAAGAGGAUAACUAAAAGGGAUAACUGCACAUGCACACACACAGCUAAGCACUCAUUCCGCGUCCGGGCGUCCGAGUGGCAUACCAACACACACAUACAUAGCGGAGCGAGCAGAAAGAGUUCAGCUCGGUUCAGAGUGCUUCAAAGUGGUGCAGUUCAACAGCCUCCGGGUUCGUGGCAAGCGCAACUGCAAAUUCGGCCAACAGCAGUAGCAGUAGCAGUAGCAGCAUCACCAGCAGCAUCAGCAUCAGCUUCGUGUGCGCAUCCUGUGUGGCUGUGUGCGUGUGUAUCUGUGAGCUGCAGCCGUAGCAGGAGCUCUGCAGCGUCGAAAAUUGUGUCAGCAGCAUCGGUAGCAGCAGCAUCAGUAGCAGCUCAUUUCGGCCAGCCUGGCGCCUGCAUCUUCGAUUGCCGGUGCAGCGGCCCUACUGCGUCAGAGUGUUGAACGAGAAUGCCUCCGCGUGGUAGCACGUCAUAGUGUCACCAUCAUAUGCAACUAGAAACUAGCAGCAGCACCACCACCACCACCACCACCACCAGCACAAAACCACAGCCAAAUCGAACGCAACAAAGCUUCCAGAGACAGGCCAAGAGGAGGAGAAGAUCCCGCUUCCAGGAGAAGUAGUACCCCCAAACCCAAUCUAAUCUAACACUUUGUAGAACCAGUUACUAGAGACGCAGUACCAUGCAGCUGCUCCUCAAAUCGAUCUUCACCUGCGCACUAUUCGUGAUCUUUGUGUACGCCACUGCCCAGUCGCUGGCGAAGGUGCAGCAGAACGACGAGCGGUACACGCUCCUCAAUGGGACGAGCAGUAGCGGGAGCAAUCUCAGCCGGGACCACUUCCUCAGCCGGCGGCUGCGGCAGGCGGGUCAGGGCGAGGAGGGCGAACAAGGGGCGCCGGUGAGGAUCGACGACGAAAACAAGGACGAUCCACUGCAGGCCUCCGGUCCGGAGGAGGAGGAGCUACGCGAGUGCAGUGAGGGCCUGGUCCUGCCCCUAUGGAUGCCCCAGCGGAACAUUUCCAUAGGCGACCGGCUCGUGCGCGGCUUCGUCUAUUUCCUGCUAUUGGUCUACCUGUUCGUCGGUGUCUCCAUCAUUGCCGACCGCUUUAUGGCCUCCAUCGAGGCCAUCACCUCCAUCGAACGGGCGGUGGUGGUACGCGGUCCCCACAACGAGAAACAAGUGAUGCACGUCCGCAUUUGGAACGAGACGGUGGCCAAUCUCACGCUGAUGGCCCUGGGCUCGAGCGCCCCCGAAAUCCUGCUCUCGGUGAUCGAAAUCUACGCCAAGGACUUCGAGAGCGGUGACCUGGGACCGGGAACCAUUGUCGGCUCUGCCGCCUACAACCUGUUCAUGAUCAUAGCGGUGUGCAUGAUCUGGAUCCCAACCGGCGAGGUGCGACGCAUCCGGCAUCUGAGAGUGUUCACCGUGACGGCCGCAUUCUCCAUCUUCGCCUACGUGUGGCUUUGGCUCAUCCUGUCCGUGUUCACGCCCGGCAUCAUCGCUGUGUGGGAGGCGAUCGUGACGCUGCUCUUCUUCCCGCUCACAGUGCUUUGGGCGUACAUUGCGGAGCGGCGGCUGCUGGUCUACAAAUACAUGGACAAGAACUACCGGGUGAACAAGCGCGGCACCGUCGUCGCCGGCGAGCACGACCAGGUGGAAAUGGAUGCGGAGAAGGGCGGACCUCGGGGCUCGAUUUCGACCCCCACGACGCGGGGCGGCGAAGCGGAGGCUUUCGACGAGGCCCGUCGCGAAUACAUCCAAGUGCUGACCGAGCUGCGCCAAAAAUAUCCCGACGCCGAACUCGAGCAGCUCGAGAUGAUGGCCCAGGAGCAGGUGCUGGCGCGGAGCAACAAAUCGCGCGCCUUCUACCGCAUCCAGGCCACCCGCCGUAUGGUCGGCAGCGGCAACCUGAUGCGCAAGAUCCAGGAGCGGGCCCACAGCGACCUAACCGAGGUGAAGGCCCAGCUGCACCCGAGCGAGGACGAUGACGGCGACGAGCCCACCCGCGUCUACUUUGAGCCCGGCCACUACACCGUCAUGGAGAACUGCGGCGAGUUCGAGGUGCGCGUGGUCCGACGGGGCGACAUCUCCAACUAUGCCACCGUUUCCUUCGAGACCCAGGACGGCACCGCCUCGGCCGGCACGGACUUUGUCGGCAAGCGGGGUCAGCUGAACUUCCCGCCCGGCGUCGACGAGCAGCGCUUCCGCAUCGAGGUCAUUGACGACGACGUCUUCGAGGAGGACGAGUGCUUCUACAUCCGUCUCUUCAAUCCAUCGGAGAACCUAAAACUGGCCGUGCCGCAGAUCGCCACUGUCAUGAUCCUGGACGACGAUCACGCCGGCAUCUUCGCCUUCACGGACUCAGCCUUCGAGAUCUCCGAGUCGGUGGGUCUUUACGAGGUAAAGAUUAUGCGUUACUCGGGAGCCCGCGGCACCGUAAUAGUGCCAUACUGGACGGAGAGCGGCACCGCCACGCCGGGCAAGGACUACGAGGAAACACAUGGCGAGCUCGUUUUCGAGAACAAUGAAACAGAGAAAAUCAUCGAAGUCCUUAUUCUGGAGGAGAGCAGCUACGAGAAGGAUGUCAGCUUCAAGGUGCACAUUGGGGAACCACGGCUGGCUCCAGAUGACAUUAAUAAGGAAUCAUUUUUCAAUCGAUUUUUUGAAAAACACGAACACACUGGAGAUCCCACUCACGACGAAUUGGCAGCCAAAAUCGAGGAAGUGGAAAAGAAGUUACCCCAGGACCUGACCGAACUGGAUCGCAUCCUGUUGCUGAGCAAGCCCCGGAACGGAGAGCUGACCACCGCCUAUGUGCGCAUUCGCGAGAGCCAGGAAUUUAAGGCUACGGUGGACAAACUGGUGGCCAAGGCAAAUGUUUCGGCAGUUCUUGGAACAUCCUCUUGGAAGGAGCAGUUCAAAGAUGCCCUCACAGUUCUACCAUCUGAUGAAACCGAUUUCGAUAACGAUGAUGAGGUAGAGGAGGAGGUGCCUAGCUGUUUCAGCUACAUAAGCCACUUUGUCUGCCUCUUUUGGAAGGUUCUCUUUGCAUUUGUGCCGCCCACAGAUAUUUGCGGCGGCUAUGUUACCUUUGUGGUAUCGAUAUUCGUCAUUGGCGUCAUCACCGCCAUCAUUGGAGAUGCCGCAACCUAUUUCGGCUGUGCUCUCAACAUCAAGGACUCUGUAACCGCCAUUCUGUUCGUCGCUCUGGGCACCAGUAUACCAGACACUUUUGCGAGCAUGAUAGCGGCCAAGCACGAUGAGGGGGCAGACAACUGCAUCGGCAAUGUCACGGGCAGCAAUGCGGUUAACGUUUUUCUGGGCAUCGGCCUUGCUUGGACCAUCGCAGCUGUCUACCACAGCUCCCAAGGGAUGACCUUCAACGUGGAACCGGGAACGAUUGGCUUUGCUGUGGCGCUCUUCUGCGGCGAGGCUUUAAUUGCCAUCCUGCUGAUCAUGGUUCGGCGCUGGACCAAGGGCAUCGGAGCCGAGCUGGGUGGUCCAAAGGUCAGCAAGUAUAUCAGCGCUGGCAUCCUGGUAUUUCUUUGGGUCUCCUACGUGGUCAUCUGCACACUGGAGGCCUACGAUGUCAUCCAGAUCUAAGGAGCUCAACAAACCGCAUUGCUUUCACUUUGGCGUUGGCUUUGUUAUUUGCAUUGGCGUUCAGUUUUCAGCAAAGUAUGGUAUCAAUGAAAGUUGGAACAAGUUUUGGGCAAAACUGGCUAACCGGCCGCGAAUGAGAAAUGAGAUGCUGCAGGAAGCAAUUUUUAUAUGUAAACUAAUGGUGUAUAUGGGCGCUCGGCGAUUAUAUACCCAAUUAUAUUUAUUAUGUAAAAUUUAUGUUAAUACUAAAAGUAAAAUUGUAAUGUUUAACUAGGUUUAAGUCAGGCUUAUAUAUAUAGAAAAAACAAAAAAUAUUUUCCGAUUUUUAUUGUCUCUAUUCAUAUUAUGAAUUGUAAAUACAGAAAGGCUGCCACGGCUCAGCAAUCUUGUAAUUGUAAACGAGAUAUCAUUCAUUGUUAUGCCAUAUAUACUUAAUUUUAUUAUUAAAUACUAUUAUAUUUAUUAUGUCACUCUGUGUACAACUUAAGUCAUUGUUGUUGUUUGUUAAAGCUGUACUUAAUCCACCCACACGGAAAGGAAACCAAAAAUCCAAAGAAACCGAACAUCACAAUUGCCUGAAACUCUGUGGGGGGGAGCUUAAGUUUUUUUUUUAAUUCGAUAAAUGUCUCUCCAUCUGCCGAAAACCAUUGUUAAUUUAAUACAUGUGUAAGUUUUAGAAGAGUCCAAACUUUUUAGCCAAGAAGAGUCGUAAUCGCUACUUAACCAUCUACUGCUACAAAUAACAAGUAACUACUCUUUACCAAAUAGGAGCCUCCACUGCAACUAGUUCUAGUCUAGUCACUCUCACUAUCGACACAAAUCCAAACCACUAGUUACGGCAUUUUUCACUAACUUUGACCAAAUAGAGCAAAUGGCGGCACUACUUACCUAGAGACUAGCAAGAAAGACCACUACUCCGACUUGAGAGCACUAAUCAAUUUACUUAAAAAAGACUUUCACUUUGCUUGUGUCGCUGGCAGUGAUCGAAGAUCGAAAUCUGGAUAAAAAUACUACUGGAUAUUAAGGCAAACACCAAACAAAACAAAAAACAACAAAGCAAAACCAAAUAACAAAUACA